CGCCCGCCCCGACAGCAUCCACUCACAACAGUGUUCUGUCCCUGUUCCAGGGAGAAUAUCAGCUCUGCACAGGGAGGAGAGGAUUAGCCCAACCACUCAUCUCAUCUGCAUUUACGUUCCCAGAGAACCACAUGAGCACCCAAGGCUGCACCUCUUUUGAAUAAAACCUGGCAGUCCUCUCACAGAGGCUCCACUUGAUCUUCUGUCAUCACUGUGAAAGGAUUCAGGGACCAUUUUUUUUCUAUUUUCUAAAAUAUCUUCAGUCUCUCUCAGCUUAUAUAAAUGUGCGAUUUGUCAUCAGUGACACCUUUUUUAAAAGGGACCAUGCGAGUAAUACCUUUUGACAUGUACUUGCCCUGAACAUCAAGGAGUUAAGCCUUCAUUUUCCAGGACUUUUGCAUUUUGGUUUGCUUCUUCGACUUGUUUGGGAGACUACAGCAUCAGAAUGCCAUCUAGAGAGUCCUACGACAUUCAAAAGAAAGAGAAGCCGCUGGUUCAAAAGGCCAAGCGAGAGACCAAUCAGGAGGAUAUUUUGGCUGCAGCCCUGGGGAUGAGAAUGGGGCCACAGAAACCUUCGGCCACUUUCUGGCAACCACUUAAACUAUUAGCAUAUUCACAGCUCACCUCACUGGUUCGCAGAGCCUCUCUGAAGGAGACAGACCGGACGCCCAAAUCAGAGAAAGCACAUAACUUCAAGGUCCACACUUUUCGGGGGCCUCACUGGUGCGAACACUGUGCCCGAUUUAUGUGGGGACUGAUGGCCCAAGGGGUCAAAUGUGCAGACUGUGGUGUGAAUGUGCACAAAGAGUGCUCAGCUCUGGUACCCAAUGACUGCAAACCGGACCUCAGACACGUCCGGAAGGUGUACAGCUGUGACCUGACCACCCUGGUAAAAGCUUACAACACGGCCCGGCCUAUGGUGGUGGACAUGUGCAUACGAGAAAUCGAGUCCAGAGGACUCAAGUCAGAGGGCCUCUACAGAAUAUCUGGAUUUAGUGAUUCAGUGGAGGAAGUCAAGAUGGGGUUUGACAAAGAUGGUGAAAAGACAGACAUCUCAGUAAAUGCCUAUGAAGACAUCAACAUCAUCACGAGCGCACUGAAACUGUACCUCAGGGAUUUGCCAGUUCCCAUCAUCUCAUACGAUGCUUACCCCAGGUUCAUUGAGGCUGCAAAGCUCACCGAUCCGGAGAAAAAGCUGGAAGCUUUCCGUGAGGCUCUUGCUCUGCUGCCACCAUCACACAGGGAAACUCUGAAGUACCUCAUGGCCCAUUUAAAAAGGGUGACACAGAAUGAGGAAUUCAACCUGAUGAGCGCAGAGAACCUUGGCAUUGUCUUCGGGCCUACCCUCAUGCGUGCACCCAACCAGGACGCCAUAGCAGCACUGAACGACAUCCGCUACCAGAGACAGGUGGUCGAAGCGCUCAUUAAAAACGACGAGAUGCUCUUCUAAACUCCGAUCAGGGCUUUUUUUUUAGAACAGUUCUCUAACCAAUCUUAUGUGUUAAGACCUGCACAACUGUUUGUAUAACACUGAUCAACCCGUUUUUGAAUGCCUUGUGUAUGGACACUACAUCUCUCCUCCACUGUAUUUGGUGUGGAUGGUAAACCUUACACUUGUACAUACAUUACGUCUCCCCAUUUUUGUCGGGGAUUUUCCAGGAGCUUACCGACCAGCAUGCAUGGUGCGAGGUCGGCGUUGGUUUUUAGUGGUAACCCAGCAUGUGUCCAGAUUGUGUAGCGUUGUGAUUUUGCGUUUGUCUGGUGUGCGGUAGUCAUUGUUUACAUUCCCAGCUGCCUGUUGUGCAGCUACUUCUUUGAAAUUUUAUAUAGCUGGUCGUAAAAAAAGAUAAUAAAAAAAACUACUAAUUUUUUUCUGGGGUAAUUUUUAUGAUACUGUAUUUUUUUACCUCCUCAAAUGUUUGUAAGUCACCUGCUGUUAUUAGUUGAAUGUGCUUUUCCUUUUUCCUGCCUAAACACUGGUGCAUUUUCCUUACAAUAACAUUUUUACUGUGCUAUAAAAAGCCUUAUUUGUGAAAUUAAUUUUGUACUGUAAUCGUUUUCUACACAACUUGUGCAUGAUCUCUGUAAUUUAUUAAACCCUACUUAAAGAAAUUGAGUGCUCUUUAAAUCAUUGUAAAAAUAAGGAUCAUCAUCACCUUUUGUGGUUGAAGAAACAGUGAAUGCAACCCUUGGGCUGACAUUGCUAAGUCAACGGUAUAUAGUUUCGUACAAGUGUCAUUAUUCAUUUGCAAAUGUGUGUUUGUGGCUGCUAAUGAGAAGUGAGUUCAGUUUUCACUCUCUCUGUGAUUACCUUUUAGACCUUUUGUCUUUUGUUUAAUGUCGCUUUGUCAGUGAUUGAGUGUUUUCUAGAAACAGCAACCUGCAGCGGCUGUGAACCAUUUUGAAACAGCAGUGGAAUAAUAAAGAAGUCUUGAGAAACCCAAUCGUUUACGUGAGAGGAACUAAAAGCUCUUUCAAAGACAGCAGAUCAGAGUGACAAUUCCUGGGGCGUUUGUUUUUCUGGUAAUAUUUGUGUUGGUUAGAAAAAAUAUUUCAUGCAAUAUAUCAAUGCCAAAAUUGAGCCUGCCUAUGUAAUGACAAUAAAUUAUGAUA